AUGGUAUUGAAAAUUUAUUUUACUUAUAAUCAACUUGGAAUAGAAGAUGAAGAUGGGCAAGAUUAUCCAACUGUAGAACUUGAUGAAACUCAUAUUAUGACUAUGGAUCAUGAUCCCAAAAGGCUAUUCGGAAUUUUUGACAGAGGAACAGAAGACUAUAGAUUUUACUAUGUAAGCAACGAUAGAACUUGGGAAAAUUUAUCAGGAUAUAUUCUAAAUGCAGUAUCAAACGAUCAAACGAAUGCUACAGAAGUAUUUACAGAUGGCUGAGCAGCUUACAGAUAG